GCAACACCACAUGAAUCGACUACACCGGCCUUUCUGUCAAAAAAUUGCUGUCGCCACAUGUUGUAACGCUAAUUUCCUGUGAAUAAUCAUUAAAAUGAAACCCCUUAUGUUGCAAGGGCACGAGCGUGCCAUAACUCAGAUCAAGUAUAACCGCGAAGGUGAUUUGCUGUUCUCGGCCGCGAAAGACUCCAAGCCCAAUGUUUGGUGGUCGCUAAACGGCGAGCGUCUUGGCACAUUCAAUGGCCACGGAGGCGUAGUGUGGUGCCUGGACGUCGACUGGCAAACAGUAAACCUGAUCACAGGAGGUGGUGACAGUUCAUGCAGACUAUGGGAUUUGGAGACCGGCAAAAAUAUAGCUACGGUGAAGACAAAUUCCUCUGUGAGGACAUGCAACUUCAGCUUCAGUGCCAAUGAGGCGGCGUACACUACCGACAAAGCCAUGGGUCAUCCUUGUGAGGUGUUCAUUAUUGAUACGAGAACCGUUGAUGACUCCAUAUCUUCUGCGUCUCCGAUCCUAAAGUGGGAGAUCACCGACUCCAAGGUGACAUCGAUGGUGUGGGGCACCCUUGAUGAGACCAUCAUCACAGGCCACGAAGCCGGAGACCUCAUCCAAUGGGAUCUCAGGACUGGCAAGAAAGUACAUUCCAUUAAGGAGCACACGCACCAGAUCAACGACAUGCAACUGUCCCGCGACGGCACCAUGUUCAUCACCGCCUCCAAGGACCAGACCGCCAAGCUCUUUGACACCAGCUCGCUGGAGUUACUCAAGGAGUACAAGACCGAGCGUCCGGUCAACUCUGCUGCCCUCAGUCCCAUUCUGGACCAUGUUGUACUUGGCGGUGGACAGGACGCUAUGGAAGUAACCACGACGUCUACCAGACAGGGCAAGUUCGACGCUCGCUUCUUCCAUCUCGUGUUCGAAGAGGAGUUCGGCCGUGUGAAGGGACAUUUCGGGCCCAUCAACAGUUUAGCGUUCCACCCGGACGGCAAGAGUUACGCGUCUGGCGGCGAGGACGGCUACGUGCGUGUGCAGAGCUUCGACCAGUCUUACUUCGACUACACCUUUGACUACAACAGGGAUUGAGCUGUUAAUCCGUACUCUGUCCCAAAAUGCGUUAUCUUUGCGCGGAAGUAUUAAUUUUGUCACGAUUAAAUCCACACUGAAGAAUAUAUUGUAUGAAUUGGAA